AUGGGCAAGAUCGAUGUCGAGAAGGCCAUUGAGGAGCUGACGCUAGGGGAGAAGGUGGCUCUGACAGCCGGAAGCGACUUCUGGCACACAGUCCCCAUUCCGCGCCUGAACAUCCCACGCCUGCGCAUGUCCGAUGGGCCCAACGGCGUGCGCGGAACCCGCUUCUUCAACGGCAUCCCCGCAGCGUGUUUCCCCUGCGCCACAGCCCUAGGCGCAACCUGGGACACAGAGUUACUAGGCCAGGUUGGCCACCUGCUCGGCGAGGAAGCCAUCGCGAAGGGGACGCACGUCCUGCUCGGCCCAACCAUCAACAUCCAGCGCUCGCCGCUGGGCGGACGCGGCUUCGAGUCCUUUUCUGAGGAUGGCGUGCUCUCCGGCACACUGGCGGGCCAUUAUACCAAAGGCGUCCAGGAAAAGGGCGUGGCUGCGACGCUGAAGCAUUUUGUCUGUAAUGACCAGGAGCAUGAGCGCAUGGCUGUUAACAGUAUUGUUACUGCACGCGCGCUGCGGGAGAUUUAUCUCAUGCCGUUUCAGUUGGCGAUGCGUAUUUCCAAGAGUGCGUGUAUUAUGACCGCUUAUAAUAAGGUCAAUGGCACACAUGUCAGUGAGAAUAAGGCGAUCAUUGAUGAUAUCUUGCGGAAGGAGUGGGGGUGGGAUGGCCUAGUUAUGAGUGAUUGGUUCGGUACCUAUAGCACCUCCGAUGCCAUCAACGCCGGGCUUGACAUGGAGAUGCCCGGCAAGACUCGCUGGCGCGGGGAGGCUCUAGCUCACGCAGUUUCGUCGAACAAGGUCGCCCAGUUCAAGUUGGAUGAGCGUGUGCGCAACGUUCUCAAUUUGGCCAACUGGGUUGAGCCUCUAGGGAUUGGCGAAGAUGCUCCAGAGAAGGCACUGAACCGGCCAGAAGAUCAAGCUCUGCUGCGACGGGCAGCGGCCGAGUCAGUCGUGCUCAUGAAGAAUGAAGGCGGAAUUUUGCCUCUGAAGAAGGAAGGGUCGGUGUUGGUCAUCGGACCCAAUGCCCAGAUUGCCGCGUACUGCGGCGGCGGAUCCGCAUCGCUGGCUCCGUACUAUACCGUGACUCCGCUGGAAGGUGUCAAGGCAAAGAGCCAGGGUGAAGUCACCUUCACCCAGGGCGUGUACUCUCACAAGGACUUGCCAGACUUGGGUCCUUGGAUGAAGACUGCUGAUGGCAAGACCGGGCUCGCGUUCAGGGUGUACAACGAACCGCCUAGUGCUGGUCAGGAACGAAAUCUCGUCGAUGAGCUGCACUUGGUCUCUUCGUCUGGAUUCCUCAUGGACUAUAUUAAUCCCAAGAUCAAGUCGAUGACCUUUUAUGUCGAUAUGGAGGGCUUUUUCACUCCUGAGCACGAUGGAGUGUACGACUUCGGCGUGACUGUUGUGGGUACUGGCCGUCUACUCGUCGAUGGCGAAGUUGUUGUCGACAAUACCAAGGACCAGAAGCAGGGUUCUGCCUUCUUUGGAACAGCCACCGUCGAAGAACGAGGCUGCAAGGAGCUCAAAGCCGGACAAACAUAUAAGAUUCUGUUUGAAUUCGGCAGCGCCCCAACAUCUGAUAUGGACACACGCGGCAUUGUAGCCUUUGGACCUGGCGGGUUCCGGUUCGGCGGCAGCCGUCGUGUGGGCGAGGAGGAACUGAUCUCGACGGCGGUCGAGCAGGCUAAACAAGCAGAGCAGGUCGUCAUCUUCGCGGGACUUACCCUCGAGUGGGAGACCGAGGGCCAUGACCGUGAGCACAUGGACCUGCCACCAGGCAGCGACGAGCUGAUCAGCCGCGUGCUGGCGGCGAAUCCAAACACCGUGGUGGUGAUCCAAUCUGGCACACCGGUGACAAUGCCAUGGCUAGACUCAGCCCGGACACUUGUGCAAGCCUGGUUCGGCGGCAACGAGUGCGGCAACGGCAUCGCCGACGUGCUGUACGGCGACGUCAACCCAUCCGCCAAGCUGCCUCUGACUUUCCCACGCCGACUGCAAGACAAUCCCUCAUAUAUGAACUUCCGCUCCGAGCGUGGUCGCGUCCUGUACGGUGAGGACAUCUACGUGGGCUACAGAUACUUCGAGAAGAGCGACCUGGCGCCAGCAUUCCCCUUCGGCCACGGUCUUUCAUACACGACCUUUACGCGUUCCGACCUCAGCAUCACUACAGUGCCCGAGCAAGCUGUUCUAGCCGAGUCUGGAGAGCCCAUCACCGCCACAGUCAAGGUGACCAACACCGGCUCUCUCGCCGGCGCGGAGAUCGUUCAGCUCUGGAUCGUUCCGCCCCCAACGGCUGUCAACCGCCCUGUACGAGAGCUGAAGACUUUCACCAAGGUGUUCUUACAGCCUGGCGAAUCGAAGUCUGUUCAGCUUGUUGUCGAGAAAAAACUCGCUACUUCCUGGUGGGAUGAGGAGCGUGAUCAGUGGAUCUCCGAGAAGGGUAAAUACCGGGUUCAGGUUACUGGUACUGGCUCUGAGGAACUGUUUGGCGAGUUUGAGGUUGGCAAGACACGGUUCUGGCUUGGGCUGUAG